GCUGGUUCUCAUAUACCUUGUUCUCUGCUGGCUGUGGGGGCUUCGCGCCACGGCCGUUAGUCAUGUCGGAUUCUGGAAGUUACAGUCAGUCUGGAGGUGAGCAGCAAAGUUAUUCUUCCUAUGGAAAUCAAGGCAGCCAAGGUUAUGGACAAGCACCACAAAGCUAUUCUGGCUAUGGACAAACUACUGACUCUUCAUAUGGACAGAACUAUAGCGGUUACUCCAGUUAUGGACAAAGCCAAUCAGGUUAUUCACAGUCCUACAGUGGUUAUGAGAAUCAAAAGCAGAGCUCAUACAACCAGCAAUCUUAUAAUAACCAGGGACAGCAAAACAUGGAAUCAUCAGGAGGCCAAGGUGGAAGAGCACCUUCAUAUGACCAGUCAGACUAUGGUCAACAAGAUUCAUAUGACCAGCAGUCAGGCUAUGAUCAACAUCAACACUCUUACGAUGAGCAGUCAAAUUAUGAUCAGCAGCAUGAUUCCUAUAAUCAAAACCAGCAGUCCUACCAUUCACAAAGGGAAAAUUACAGCCACCACACACAAGAUGAUUGUCGUGAUAUGAGUAGGUAUGGAAAAGAUAAUAGAGGAUAUGGUGGGUCACAGGGAGGAGGUAGAGGGCGUGGGGGAUAUGACAAGGAUGGAAGAGGUCCUAUGACAGGAUCAAGUGGUGGUGACCGCAGUGGCUUCAAAAAUUUUGGUGGUCACAGGGAUUAUGGACCCAGACCAGAUGCUGAUUCAGAAUCUGAUAAUUCAGAUAACAACACAAUCUUUGUACAAGGACUUGGGGAGGGUGUGUCUACAGAGCAAGUGGGGGAGUUCUUUAAACAAAUAGGAAUCAUCAAGACAAAUAAAAAGACUGGAAAACCAAUGAUAAAUCUAUACACAGACAAGGACACAGGAAAGCCAAAAGGGGAGGCAACAGUAUCGUUUGAUGACCCUCCUUCAGCUAAGGCAGCCAUUGACUGGUUUGAUGGAAAAGAAUUCCACGGCAAUAUCAUUAAAGUGUCCUUUGCCACCAGAAGACCUGAAUUCAUGAGACGAGGUGGAAGUGGAGGUGGGCGACGAGGCCAUGGAGGAUACAGAGGUCGUGGAGGCUUUCAGGGGAGAGGUGGAGACCCCAAAAGUGGGGACUGGGUUUCCCCUAAUCCAUCAUGUAGAAAUAUGAACUUUGCUCGAAGGAAUUCUUGUAAUCAGUGCAAUGAGCCCAGACCAGAGGACUCUCGUCCCUCAGGAGGAGAUUUCCGAGGAAGAGGCUACGGUGGAGAGAGGGGCUACAGAGGCCGUGGGGGCAGAGAUGGAGACCGAGGUGGCUACAGUGCAGACAGAAGUGGGGGUGGCUAUGGUGGGGACCGGGGAAGUGGCUAUGGUGGGGACCAUGGUGGGGGCUAUGGAGGAGACUGAGGAGGCAACUAUGGAGGAGACCGAAGUGGCGGCUAUGGUAGAGACCGAGGCGGAGGCUAUGGCGGAGACCGAAGUGGGGGGGGGGGUUAUGGAGGAGACCGUGGCAGUAGCAGAGGCUACGGUGGGGAUCAAGGUGGCGGCUACGGAGGAGACAGGAGUGGUGGCGGCUACGGAGGAGACCGAGGUGGCUAUGGAGGCAAAAUGGGAGGAAGAAACGAUAGAAAUGAUCAGUGCAACCGACCAUACUGA